GGUGAGAAGCAACAUCUCAGCCUUCCAGGUGACCUUCACCUCCAAACGUGGCUGUUUACACGCAUCCAAAGGAAGGAUAAUGACAGGCGUGACAGAUGUUCCAGGCCUUUCUCUAAAUUUUGAAUAUCAAAGCCUUCAUUAAUACUUAUUAACAUUUCCGUGUACAAAGCGAUUUGUUAUUUAAAUAUUAAUGCCACGUUACUGGAAAACGCCCCAAUAUUAUGUAACACAGUUACUAAAAACAUCUAUCGGGUUACCCAGUUCUGUGCUUUAUUACAGCUGCAAUUCAUAGCUUUGGAAUUGGGUCUCUGAAAUAUUUUUCUCCUAAAAAUACGUCACACGUGUAGCGUUCUGAAGUUUAUGGGCCAAUUUUCCAGCUGAAUCAAUCAGACCAGCAAUAUCCUGUUGUGUGACGGUGGUAUAGAAUCAUCCAAUGGCUCAGGUUGGAAAAGACCUUCAAGAUCAUCCAGUUGAAACUCAACCCAACCUUACGACCUUAACUCUACUGACUUACCACUCCAUUCAUGGCCCUGAGCAUCGCAUCCAGGAGGUUUUUAAGCACAUUCAGAGAUGGUGGCUCAUCUACCCCCUUGUGGAGCCUAUUCCAAAAGAUCACAAAGGGGGUCUCACCCCUUUGCUAGUCACAGGAAAUACUGGAAAGGUUUGGUAGCAAUGCACUGCUUGACCUGUGAUUAAAGUUAUGAAAUACCUGAAACUGAAGGAUUGCCUCCUCCACAGGAAUCUCUCAUAGAAAAAAUGCAUGGGUUAAAAUGCAUUUUGGAAGCUGGGCAUCCAAAAAUAGGUUAUUUGGUAAUCCGGAUGUAUUAGCAUAUCUUUCAGUUUAUUGCUGUGCUAAACAAGUGAAUGCAGCGUGAUGAUACCAAGACUUAAUUGGUGUAGUUUUGAGAUGAAAGCAACUGGAAGGGUGUAACCUGCAUGUCACAGCAUCGGGCCAAUAAUCAGAAACCUUGGGAAGAACUGGUAUAUCAAUUGAGAGGAGUCAUGCGGGAAGCAAAAUUCAUUUGGUAAUUGGAGCUGAUCCGGGGCAUGGCCACGCUCUGGGCGGGAUUUCUGCUCUAUAAAAGCCCACACUGCUGAGAGCUCUGCAUUCACUUCUCCUGCCUUAGCUCCUUACACAAGUGGGCUCGCCUCCCUCCACCUCACCAAGAUGACUUUCUACUACCAGAACCAGUGGGACGAUUCCUGCUACUCCCCGUGCAGCUACGGCAGCGUGUACAGCUACCGCACCUACGACUGCGGCAGCCCCUGCGGUUACCGCAGCUACGACUGCGGGAUCCCCUGCGGGUACCGCGGCUCCUGGGGGCUGAGCGGCUACCGGGACUGCUACCCCUCCUACAGCUCCCGCUGCUAUUCCCCGUGCUACACUCGCUACACCCGCCGUUACAGCCUGGGCAGCUGCUACCCCUGCUAUAACUACUAAAGGAACUGAUGGGAACUGGAUCCAUGGGACUGUGCUAUAGAGAUGGCUUGCAGAAGCUCCGAGUCCGGAACAGCGACGUGAAGCAGUUCCUGGAAACUCAGCGUUUCUGUUAAACUUCUUCAAAUGUUCUUCUAAAUUUUUCUUUUGUUUUCUUCUUUCCCUGCUGUCUCCUUUGCUUUGUGUGGGUCUGAUGGUGGAAAGGAAGCAGGGCAUGACAUAAGCGUGGACAACUCAUUUGCACCUCUUUCAUUAAUGAAAUCCGGAGUGCUGAGCCCUGAUCUUCCUCUAGAUAUGUUUCUCACUUCACCCCUUUUGAAGUUAUACCAAAGAGAAUCAUCCGAUCUGCUUGGACUCCCUCAACAAAGUGAAACAGUUUGAAACUGAUAACCAAUGGCACCAGCAAAACAAGGUGAUUUUCAGCAUAAAUUCAUCUCUGCUUGUAUUCCUUCUGCUUCUACCUUCUCUUUUGCAUUGGAUUGUGAGCUUUAUUCUUAUUAAAAAUGUUACAGCAUUACAACGCCUCGUUGUUUUUUUGCUUUCUGACUCACAUUUAUGCAGUUUUAUUUCCCACCUCAAUCCAUUUUGAUAAGUUUUCCUGAGAUAUACCGAGCCCUGUAGCUUUUAUGUAGCUUUUCACAUCAGCAAACGCUUGGCACAUUAAUGACGACCCUGUAGUAUUUCAUCACAUGAAGAAACCCAUUGUGGCAUUUAAUAGGUUUGGGAAUAUCCCCUUCAGUUUUCCUUAGCAUGGCAAUACAUGCACAGGAAUUGGGGGUAACACCACCAGCACCACGUCUCAGUGAUUUACAAAUGCAAGCAAACCCAUUUAAACAGGUGGGUAAGCCAGGAAUUAGGAAGGAAAAUGCCCUUUUUCUCGGCUGGUUUUAUGCCGGCAGAGCUGAUUUGUUACAGAGCAGAGAAUCUCUCGCUUUCCGUUCACCUCAUUAAGAGCUCGUAAAGGCAAGUGUUAGCAAGUGUUAUUGCGAGGCUCCAUUUGAAUGACAAUGAAUUGGCACGAAGCUCCCAGGCUGCAGCAUCACACAGAUGUUAAUAAGGCGAGAUCCCUGACGCAAACCCCAAAUGACUGUUGUUCAGGACAUAAGCACCUAACUGGCAGCAGCAGUAACCUCUUAAUAGUACGAUGCUGUAACAGUCUGGGCUGAGAACAGCAGGCAAAGUGCUUUGAAAUCCCUAUUAAACCCUCGGACCUUUGUUGUGAACGUAAUUGCCCUCCUUUGAAGGCACACGCAGGCACUUUGAUGGCAGCAGAACAAGAGGAAUUGGAUCUCAAUUGUGUUCUGGUAAACCCAUAUCCAUGAGUGUGAGUAUCACUGAACACCUUCCAAAGAAGAACUGUGGGUUCUGCUUUCAGCACAGCCCAGAACGGAGCUCCUUUUGGCUUUUGAACAGCUUAUUUCUGGGAAGGCACUGACUGUGAUGCCUGACACGUUUAUUACUGGAGCG